UGCUUGUAGAUUUGUUGAUGUUUCUCCACCCCAUUUAUUUUCCUUUGGGGACUUAAAUCACACAAUUCUUGUUUCUGUGAUUAAUGGGGUUUGCACUUUUCCUUGUACAAUCCAAACUCUUGUGGUUCUCUCUCUUCUCUCUCUCCAUCUCUCUCUUGGCCUUGCAGGCUUCUCUCUCUAACCAGUGCACCUCCAAUGAACCCCAGCCGUCCGAUCAAAGCCAAUUGCCCCUAUUCUCUUAUCCCUCAACAUAUGGGGCGCACAAGUACGCAAUCCCAACCGUUCGUUCCACCUGCAACUCCUCCUUAAUCUUCCAAGAUUAUGGGUCGGUUUUGAAGGAGAUCCAAGAUAUAGUUCGAAAUCGUCGUUCCUGUUCGAGUUUGCGAUAUGUUUCAGGGCCUGGUGUUAGCUUUGCAGGGAAUUUAAGCAGUGCAGAGAGAAACUAUUAUUUUGAUCACAAUAAUGAUCAGGUGGAGGUUCCUUGUGGGUUUAUGAAGGACUUUCCAAUCCAAAAUUCAGAUAAAUUGGCAAUGGAGAAUUGCAAAGGAGUGGUAAUCGUGUCGGCGAUAUUCGGAAACCACGACAAAAUCCGGCAACCCAGAGGCCUUAAAUCUGAGACCUCGGAAAUUGCUUGUUUCUUCAUGUUUAUCGAUGAUAGGACCUUAAAAGGCCUCAAUUCACAUAAUAUGUUCAUGAACAAAACAGGGGAGAAUAAGAUAGGUGCAUGGAAGAUGGUAUUAGUUUCAGGUGAACUGCCAUAUAAUAACCCUGCAAUGAAUGGUGUAAUACCUAAGCAUUUGACUCAUAGGCUCUUCCCAAAUGCAUUGUAUAGCAUAUGGGUGGAUGCAAAGUUGCAAUUAACAGUGGACCCUUUACUGUUAUUGCAUUCAUUGGUGGUGAGGGAGAAUAGGGACAUGGCAAUUUCAAUGCAUCCUUACAAUGUGCACACAAUGGAGGAGGCAGUGGCAACUGCUAGAUGGAAGAAGUGGGGGGACAUUGGGUCCUUGAGGGAACAGAUGGAGACUUACUGUGAUAAUGGGCUUAGGCCCUGGACAACCAAGAAACUCCCCUACACCACAGAUGUUCCAGACUCUGCCUUAAUUUUGAGAAAACACAGUGUGGGGAGCAGCCUAUUUUCAUGCCUACUAUUCAAUGAAUUGGAGGCAUUCAAUCCAAGGGAUCAGCUGGGCUUUGCAUAUGUGAGAGAUUUGAUGAAGCCAACCAUUGACAUAAAUAUGUUCCAAAAUGAAAUAUUUGAGCAGGUAGCCAUGGAGUACAGGCACAACAUAAAAAAGGGCAGUGCUCAGGUUCUUGGAGGACAAAAGACAAAAAUGGCAGAUGCCUGGGGUGGUGACAUGGGCAGGUGUCAGGGUUACCUUUUGGAAAUGUGGGGAAGUAUAACUAAUCAUUGGUCAUAAGUUAUGACUCAUAACAAAUAAGGAAAAAGAAUACUAAGAUAUUACUGACUAAAAGUAUAAAGAAAGGAAUAUUAUAAACUAAAAAAUGGGUAAGAUCCAAGAAAAGUUGGCAAGGGUUGGGCAUUCUUCACUUGGAACAUGUUUGUUUAUUAUUUAUUUUAUUUUAUUGGUUUCAUUUGGCAUGACCUGGAAAGGUUUCCAGAAUGUUCUACUUAUUUAUCCGUCUUUUUUGCGAAGGCAAACAUGAGAAUUUCCCAGUAUGAUGAG